GCUCUCACACUCUUACUAACUUUCUCCUCUUGCAAUACAGAAGAAGAAAAGAGCGAAAUGAGUCUGACAGCUAAAGACAAGGCCGUGGUCAAGGCUUUCUGGGGUAAAAUUGGUGGAAAGGCUGACGCAAUUGGCCAAGAAGCUCUAGCCAGAAUGUUUAUCGCCUACCCUCAGACCAAAACUUAUUUCGCUCACUGGCCUGACCUCUCUCCCGGUUCCGAGUCUGUAAAGAAGCACGGCAAAACCGUGAUUGGCGCCAUCACUGCGGCUGUGGAAAAGAUGGAUGACCUCAUCGGUGGACUGAGCUCCCUGAGCGAUUUACACGCUUUCAAGCUGCGCGUCGACCCUGGAAACUUCAAGAUUUUGUCUCACAACAUCCUCGUGGCUCUUGCCGUCAAUUUCCCAGGCGAUUUCACCCCUGAAGUGCACGUUUCCGUGGACAAGUUUCUCGCAGCCCUGUCUGCAGCUCUCGCUGACAAAUACAGAUAAACAAAGCAAGGUCAUUCAUGUGUGGCUCGAGGCACAGCUGUCCCACAGCUGUCCGCUACAGUCUGAAUUAAAACAGUGCAAAUUUUACCAAAUAAAGUCAUUUUAAUGUG